GAUUUAUGCUUGAAAACCGUCGAAAAUUAGCCAAUUGUAGGGUUCGAUAACAAAGAAAAAAUCAAAUCGUUCAGAAAAAGCAAUCGUGUUUCUUCAUCGUAUUCCACUUUAAAGUUGGAUAUUAAAUUUAGUUUAUACAAGAUCUGUAGAAGGUGCCAUAAGUGGAAUUUUUCACGAUUAUAUCACAAUUGCAAAGAAUCAGAAAGCAGCGACAAUAGAAUAACCAUGGGCAUUCCUGAUAUCCGAAUGCUUAUUUCAGUGGAGUUUGAAGUAUUUGGCCACGUCCAAGGCUGUUACUUCACAAAAUAUACUCGAGAUCUUUGCACUAAAGCUGGAAUAAAAGGAUGGGUUAAAAACUCCAAACAAGGGACCAUAAUAGGGAAAAUACAGGGUCCAAAAGAGGAAGUUAACAGGAUGAUUGACUGGCUCUCAAAGGAAGGAUCUCCUGGCUGUCAAAUUGAGAAAUGUAUUUUGCAAAAUACCACAACUCUUAACCGAUUGGAUUACAAGGAUUUUGCGAUUAGAUUUUAGGAUAUAUAAAUUCAUAUGUAUAUACCAUUCGUUGAUUGCUUAAUAAAUAUAUUCAGAAAAUCUCAGUCGCAACCGAGUUGUCAAACCGUA